GCAAUAGAUACUUCUACUAUAUGUAUUAUGUAGUACCACUCUUCUGAAGCAUAAACCACAUAUCUUCAAAUCCAUUCAAGCCCAAAAAAUCAACAUAAAAAUCAAAUAUCAUCUGUUCAUCUUCAUCAGGAAAAAAAGCAGAAUUCAGAUGAAUCCGAACGGUUACAGUUACUCGUUUCAGACGCCUGAAAUUGGUAACUAUUCGUCUCCAACCGCCAGCUUUUCCUCAAAUGGCAGCUCAAUGUCACAACAAGAUAUGCAUCAUGAUGAUCUUGAGUACCGAUUGAGAGAACUCGAAAAGGUUAUGAUGGAAACCGAUCAUGGUUAUAUGGAAUCCUUUGAUGUUUGUUCUUCAAGGGGUGUUGUUAGUCGAACAGCUUCACGCGCUGCAGCAGGUAGAACAAUAGCAGAUAUUGUAUCUAGAAGAGACUUUAAAGAGUUACUUAUUGCUUGUGCUAAAUCAGUAGCGGAAAACGAUACAAUAACCGCCAACUGGCUGAUGUCAGAGUUACGCCCGAUGGUGUCAGUAUCUGGCGAGCCAGCUCACCGUUUAGGUGCUUACAUGUUAGAAGGACUUGUAGCGAGAUUAUCUUCUUCGGGUAGCUCCAUAUACAACGCGCUAAAAUGCAAACAACCAAGCGGGAAUGAACUGUUUUUGUAUAUGUGUUUACUCUACGAAGCGUGUCCUUAUUUCAAAUUCGGAUAUUUAUCAGCAAAUGGAGCGAUUGCAGAAGCCACGAAGAACGAAAGUAGGAUUCAUAUAAUCGAUUUUCAAAUCGCGCAAGGUAGUCAAUGGGUUACUUUAAUCCAAGCUCUUGCUUCUCGGCCCGGUGGGCCCCCUAGCCUUCGUAUCACGGGUGUGGAUGAUUUCACUAGUGCAUACGCGAGAGGUGGAGAAGUCAACAUUGUUGGUCAACGGCUCACAAAGUUAGCGCAAUCUUGUAAUAUCCCGUUUGAGUUUCAUGGAGUAUCGGUUUCUGGUUCCGAAAUUGAAACCAAACAUCUUGGUUGUCGUCCUGGUGAAUCAUUAGCGGUUAAUUUUGCGUUUAUGCUUCAUCAUAUGCCGGACGAGAGUGUAAAUCCUCAAAAUCAUAGAGAUAGGCUUUUACGACUCGUGAAAAGUUUAUCUCCAAAAGUCGUUACACUUGUUGAACAAGAAUCGAAUGUCAACACCGCCCCUUUCGUCCAUAGGUUUCAAGAAACACUAAAUUACUACACGGCUAUUUUUGAAUCGAUUGAUGUAACUCUACCUAGAAAUGAUCAACAACGAAUCAAUGUUGAACAACAUUGUCUUGCACGCGACAUAGUAAACAUUAUAGCGUGUGAAGGGGCUGAAAGAGUUGAAAGACAUGAAGUAUUAGGGAAAUGGAGAUCAAGAUUUACAAUGGCUGGAUUUACACCAUACCCUUUGAGUUCACUUGUGAACUCCACUAUUAAAUCGUUGCUCGAGAAUUAUUCGAGCAAGUAUAGGCUUCAAGAACGAGACGGGGCUCUGUUUCUUGGCUGGAUGAAUCGCGAUUUGGUUGCUUCUUGUGCUUGGAAAUGAAUCUGAGUGCAAAUUGAGAAAGUUUAUUAACUUAAUAAGUUAGUUAACAUGCUUCAUUCUUAUUAUAUAUUGUGUAAUAAUAUUUCUAAUUGAUAAUAAAAGCUUGAUUCUUUUGUACA